GCCAACUCUAUACACCGUUCAUUCGCCAUCGGUCAGAGUCUCACUGGCAUCGCCGUCCAGGCUGUGAAAGUUUCGUACGAUGGCGCCCAAACGUAAAGCUGCACCGGCGGCCGGACGCCAGGCGAAGCGAGUUGCCUCCGGUGUCAGUACACCUGUCAGCCAGGGCAGCGACGAGGAAUAUCGUUCCGACGGCGAUGAUCUGAGCGACGAUGCCGUGGAGGAAGUACCCAGGAAGUAUGAUGAGGUCGUCAAGCGAUAUCAACCAGCUACAUAUCAUAGUCAUGGAGGAGACGCCGCCACGCAUCUCUUCAAGGCAAAUCGCGACUUCUCGCGUGAGGUCCUCAAGCCCGAUCACCACCUCCGACCUCUAUGGAUUGAUCCACAAAAUGGAAAAGUCGUGCUUGAAACCUUUGCGCCCAGCUUCAAGGCUGCGCAGAACUUCUUGAUUAACAUCGCCGAGCCACAAAGUCGAACGACAAACAUGCACGAGUAUACUAUAAGCCCGCACAGCCUCUUCGCCGCUGUCUCCGUAGGUUUGACUGAACAAGACAUCGUCCGUGAUCUUGAGCUAUUCUCAAAGACCAAAGUACCUCAAACCAUUAUAGAUUUCGUCCACGAAAUGACACAGUCAUUCGGAAAGGUAAGACUCGUUCUCAAACACAACAGAUACUUCGUCGAAAGCAACGAUGCGGCCGUACUGCAGAUGCUUCUUCGAGAUCCUGUCAUCGGCCCUUGUCGUGUAGAAGAGUCGGAGGAGCUGCAUACGGAAAAGGCGGCGAAAUUAGGAGGCUUGAUCAUUCCAGGAACAAAAGAUGCGGCAGGAGUCAAAGAGGCCAUGGCACAGGCGGCGGCGCAAGAGAAGCGUGAAGGUGAAGAUGACGAAUCGGAUGAUGAGUUCGGAGGCCGGGAAGCAGACAAGGAUAUGGCGGAGUUCUUGCGUGAAGAAGAAGAUGACGACGAGUUGGACCAAGUCCAUUCCUUCGAAAUAGAUGGCAACAAGAUCCAGGCUGUUCAAGAGCAGUGCAACGUAACAUUACAUCUACCACUCACAGAAGAAUACGAUUUCCGCGCGGACGAUGUCAACGCGAAUCUGGAUAUCGAUUUAAGACCAAACGUCUCAGUUCGAUAUUAUCAAGAGCAUGCUCUGAGUAAGAUGUUUGGAAACGGUCGUGCUCGUAGUGGAAUCAUUGUGCUCCCCUGUGGAGCGGGGAAGACUCUUGUUGGCAUCACGGCAGCUUGUACGAUCAAGAAAAGCGCUAUCGUGCUUUGCACAAGCGCCAUGAGUGCCGUGCAGUGGAAGGAGGAGUUCAAGAAGUGGUCAAAUAUUAACCCUGAGGACAUUGCUAUCUUCACCUCGGGAGAAAAGGAAAAGCUCAAUCACAAAGCCGGCGUGAUCAUCUGCACUUACAGCAUGGUCACACAAACCAAAGGCAGAGCGCACGACAGUCAGAAAAUCAUGGACUUCAUCAUGUCUCGAGAAUGGGGUCUCAUGGUCCUGGACGAAGUGCAUGUGGUCCCGGCCGAAAUGUUCCGAAGAGUCACAGAGCGUAUCAAAACGCAUUCCAAGCUCGGUUUGACCGCCACACUUCUGCGAGAAGAUGACAAAAUUAAGGAUCUCAACUUUUUAAUCGGUCCGAAGCUGUACGAAGCCAAUUGGUUACAGUUGAGCGAAGAAGGCCAUAUUGCCCGCGUGCAGUGUGCAGAGGUUUGGUGUCCCAUGACGACCGAGUUCUACAACGAGUACCUCCAAGCCAACAACACCAAUAAAAGAAGCUUGCUCUCUACCAUGAAUCCUCGGAAAUAUCAAGCAUGCCAAUUUCUGAUCAACUUUCACGAACGUCGCGGCGACAAGAUCAUUGUAUUCUCGGACAAUGUCUACGCAUUAAAACAGUAUGCCACAGGUAUGAUGAAGCCCUUCAUCUUCGGUGACACGCCUCAACAUGAGCGUGAGAACGUUCUACGGAACUUUCAACACAACGACGCAGUUUCUACCAUUUUCUUGUCGAAGAUCGGAGAUACAUCACUCGACUUGCCCGAAGCGACUUGCCUUAUUCAAGUCUCCUCCCACUAUGGAUCACGACGUCAAGAAGCCCAACGAUUAGGACGUAUCUUGCGAGCCAAGAGACGUAACGACGAAGGUUUUAACGCAUUCUUCUACAGUCUCGUCAGCAAAGACACCAACGAAAUGUACUAUUCUUCCAAACGCCAGGCGUUCCUCGUCGAUCAGGGAUAUGCUUUCAAGGUAAUUACCCAUCUUAACGGCAUCAACCAAAUGCCCAAUCUCGCUUUCAAUACUCAACAAGAGCGCAUGACCCUCCUCACCGACGUCCUUCUUCAAUCCGAGACGGCUGGUGACGUCGAGGAUAUCAAAGAUGACCUUUUCAGUCGCCAAAACGUCGGUCGCAACAAGAAGAAGGGCUCUGGUGUUCGUCGACAAGCGGGAACCCUGUCCUCGUUGGCCGGCGGGGACAAUAUGGCUUACAUGGAGUACGGAAGAGGCAAUGCGAAUAAAGCUUUGGCGAAAUCAAGGAAUGCUUUCUUCAAGAAGGAUGAUCGCUUACGAGAGAGGAAGAAGAAGCAGGCCGAUGAGAUGCUUGCGAUGGCGAAUCGAAAUUGAGGAAUGCUUGCUAUGUCGUUCAAUUUCUUCUAUAUACUCGCACUACCUUCUGUAGUAUAUGCACACCACAGGGCCCCGACAAGCUUAUUAUCCAUCAAUCUCGUGUCUUCUGCACAUAUUCUUCAAUGUAGACAGCUAGCUACCGUAUCUUCGAUCUCGGCCUGCUUUGAGGGUGCAUGGCGUGCUCUGAAUAAAUU